AUGGCCCGCACACAAGUCAAAGAGCGCUACGAGGAAGGGUUUACUGAGCACGAUGAGAAGACACCACAUACCAAGACUCUCGGUCAUCUGCGUCUGCGAGACUCGGAGACCAAUGAGGUGAUUCUGGUUCCUACACCUUCAUCCGAUCCGAAGGAUCCUCUUAAUUGGCCACGAUGGUUCAAACUAUACACUGCUAUUGCAGUUUGUCUCGCCAUGGUUCUUUGCAACUUCCUCGCUGCCGGACCUACGCUGGCAAUUGUGCAGACCGCAGAGGACUUCUUCCCCGACUGGAAGGAGACAGGUAUCUCGUCCGCGAUCGCUAAGACAGCGUACUUUUUCAAUUGUACAGCUCUCUUCCAGGGUUUGGGUAAUCUGCUUUGGAUGCCUCUCAUCAACAAGUAUGGACGUCGCGCUGUCUACGUGACCGCCUUCACCAUCUAUACCAUCACCGCCGUCUGGUGUGCCGUCGCCAAGGAGUAUGCGAAUUUCCUUGUUGCAAGAAUUGUUAUGGGAAUCGCGGCUGGAGCUGGAGAGUGCCUCGCCCCUAUUACCAUUGCCGAUAUUUUCUUCUUGCACGAGCGUGGAGCUAUCACUGCUUUAUACAAUGCCUCCCUUAACUUUGGUGUCGCUAGCGGUGCCGUCAUCGAUGGAUUCAUCGUCAAGCUCCACCCAUGGCGCUACAUCUACUAUGUUGCUAUUGCCCUGAUCGGUACCAUGACUAUCGUUGUCUGGUUCACUUUCCCGGAGACAGCCUAUAACAGAGCCCCAACUACAUCCAACAGCAUCACCACACUUUCAGCCUCUGGUGAGCGGGUUCGUCGCAGUUCAAAGGGAGAGGAGACGGGUGCUUCCGAAAUGCAAGAAGAAGUUACUCUUGAACAAGGAGAGACGAGCCGAGGUUGGUUCCAGGGUGGUCUGAAGCUAUACCACGGAAGAUAUACGGACGAGUCUCUAUGGCAGAUGACAAUUCGCCCUGUGGGUUUAUUGAUCCUCCCACCCGUUCUGUGGGCUACUCUUGUGAUGUCAGUCACCAUCGGAUUCAUCACGGCCAUCACAUCCAACGUGGCCUCUGCAUUUGCCGACACAUACGGAUUUGCCGCAUGGCAAGCUGGUCUCUGCUUCUUUGCUGCCAUUAUAGGAUGUCUAUUUGGUAUCUUACUUGGUGGACAUCUCUCUGAUUGGAUUGCUGAUUUCUUCACACGUCGCAACAACGGUAUUCGAGAGCCGGAGAUGCGUCUUCCUGCUAUGAUGAUUAGUGUCAUUACGGGACCUCUCGCAUUGGCUCUUUACGGAUGUGGUAUCAAGUGGAAGAUGCACUGGAUCGUUCCUACCAUUGGUAUUGGUCUCAUCAACUUCACAAUCACCCAGGCUACCAAUGUUUCCCUCGUAUAUACCAUUGACAGCUACCGCCCUAUUGCGGGAGAGGUUGUUGUAACUCAGCUUGCCUUCAAGUCCGCGUUUGGCUUCUUACUUGGAUUUUAUACCAACCCCUGGGUCGACAUCCAUGGUUAUAAUGUGGCUUAUGGAGAGAUGGCCGCGAUCUGUGGAGGUGUUCUUGUUUUCUGGAUUCCUCUGUUCAUCUGGGGAAAGAAGAUUCGGGAAAAGACUCUGAGCUGGCGCGUCAUGAAGUGGGUGCAGUGGGAUACGGACAGAGAGGUUGGCGAGUAA